AUGGCGACGAAGUACUCAGACCUGGAGCUGGCCUUGAACACACUGGUGUCUGAGUUCCACAAAGCGUCUGAGAACAAACCCUCCAUGAACAGCACACAGUUCCAGACCCUGCUGAGCCACCAGCUGCCCACGCUGUCCCAGAGCCUGCAGGGGGAGGAGGGAGUGGGGGCGCUCCUGAAGAAGAUGGGGGUCCAGAGCGGAGAAGACGUGACCUUUGAAAACUUCUGGAACCUCAUCAACUCUCAGGCCUCAGGGCUGUUCCAGGCCACGCCCAAGGAGGGAGUCUACCUGUACCUGUGCUCUUAUGUGAGGGGGGGAGUCUACCUGUACCUGUGCUCUUAUGUGAGGGGGGGAGUCUACCUGUACCUGUGCUCUUAUGUGAGGGAGGGAGUCUACCUGUACCUGUGCUCUUAUGGGGGAGUCUACCUGUACCUGUGCUCUUAUGUGAGGGGGGGAGUCUACCUGUACCCGUGCUCUUAUGUGAGGGGGGGAGUCUACCUGUACCUGUGCUCUUAUGGGGGAGUCUACCUGUACCUGUGCUCUUAUGUGAGGGGGGGAGUCUACCUGUACCUGUGCUCUUAUGUGAGGGGGGGGAGUCUACCUGUACCUGUGCUCUUAUGUGAGGGGGGAGUCUACCUGUACCUGUGCUCUUAUGUGAGGGGGGAGUCUACCUGUACCUGUGCUCUUAUGUGGGGGGGGGUCUACCUGUACCUGUGCUCUUAUGUGAGGGGGGGAGUCUACCUGUACCUGUGCUCUUAUGUGAGGGGGGAGUCUACCUUUGAGGGGAGAGUCUACCUGUACCUGUGCUCUUAUGUGAGGGGGGAGUCUACCUGUACCUGUGCUCUUAUGUGGGGGGGGAGUCUACCUCUUCAAAGAAGACGUGUUCUGCCUCCUCCUCCUGCCUCCCCCUCCUGCCUCCCCCUCUUGCCUCCCCCUCUUGCCUCCUCCUCUUGCCUCCCCCUCCUGCCUCCCCCUUUUGCCUCCUCCUUUUGCCUCCCCCUCUUGCCUCCUCCUCUUGCCUCCCCCUCUUGCCUCCCCCUCUUGCCUCCUCCUCUUGCCUCCCCCUCUUGCCUCCUCCUCUUGCCUCCCCCUCCUGCCUCCUCCUCCUGCCUCCCCCUCUUGCCUCCUCCUCUUGCCUCCCCCUCCUGCCUCCCCCUCUUGCCUCCUCCUCUUGCCUCCCCCUCUAGCCUCCCCCUCUUGCCUCCUCCUCUUGCCUCCCCCUCCUGCCUCCUCCUCCUCCCCCCUCUUGCCUCCCCCUCUUGCCUCCUCCUCUUGCCUCCCCCUCUUGCCUCCCCUCUUGCCUCCUCCUCUUGCGUCCCCCUCCUCCUCCCCCUUGCCUCCCCCUCUUGCCUCCCCCUCCUGCCUCCCCUUCUUGCCUCCUCCUCCUGCCUCCCCCUCCUGCCUCCUCCUCUUGCCUCCUCCUCCUGCCUCCUCCUCCUGCCUCCUCCUCCUGCCUCCUCCUCCUGCCUCCUCCUCCUGCCUCCCCCUCCUGGCCUCCCCUUCCUGCCUCCCCCUCUUGCCUCCCCCUCUUGCCUCCUUCUCCUGCCUCCCCCUCUUGCCUCCCCCUCCUGCCUCCCCCUCUUGCCUCCUUCUCCUACCUCCCCCUCCUGCCUCCCCCUCUUGCCUCCCCCUCCUGCCUCCCCCUCUUGCCUCCUUCUCCUGCCUCCCCCUCCUGCCUCCCACUAUUAUUAUGAUUAA